UAUUCUGAACUCACCAUUGGAAGUACUGGCAGGUAUUCUGAACUCACCAUUGGAAGUACUGGCAAGGAUUCUGAACUCGCCAUUGGAAGUACUGGCAGAGACCAGCCAGGAAGCUGUUAUAUCAAUCAGCAGGUGGGAUCGGACGACGCCUAACACUGCCAGACCAGCACAACAUCCAGACAGGAAAGGACUACACGUCUGUGGAAGUUCAGGUGACAGAACAACCUCACAUGGGGCCUCAGACAUGGGCUCUAAGACUAGCCAAGGCUGACCGGGUACAGAAGAAGCCGUAUUGACCCCCGUUGAGUGUCCUCAGCUUUUUACCUUUUCUCUUCUGCUGUCAGCGAUGGCGUCCGCUGAUCCGGGAGCUGAGCUGAAAUGUUCCAUCUGUCUGAAAGUUUAUACGGAUCCUGUAAAGCUGACCUGUGGACACAACUUCUGCCGGGUCUGCAUAGAUGGUGAGCUGAAUGCACAGAAGGGGUCUGGAUCUUAUUCAUGUCCUCAGUGCAGGAAAAGGUCCAGGAGACGUCCUACACUGCAGAGGAACAUAACCCUACAUAACAUGGUGGAGGCUUUCAGGUCUACACAGCCAAGUCAGGAGGAGACCCGGAUCCUCUGUACUUAUUGUCUUCACUCUCCUCUACCUGCUGUGAAAUCCUGUCUGAUCUGUGAAGCUUCUCUGUGUGAGGACCACCUGAGAGUCCACAGCAAGUCCCCAGAACACGUCUUCUGUGACCCAACCACCUCCAUGGAGAACAGAAAAUGUUCCGUCCAUAAAGAACUCCUUAAAUAUUUCUGUCCUGCAGAUUCCUCCUGUAUCUGUGUGUCCUGCAGUUUGGCCGGAGCACAUCGGGGACACCAGGUGGAGACUAUGGAUGAGGCUUCUGAGAAGAAGAAAAAGACACUGAGGAACGUUCUGCAGAAACUGACCACAGAAAGAGAGGAAACUGAUAAAAGGGUCCAGAGUCUGAAGGAACACGAGAAAAAAGUGGGAAAAUUACAGGAAAAGGCAGCCGGUGUGGCAGAGCGCGUGACCGCGCUAUUCAGAGACCUCAGGAGACAGCUGGAAGACCUGGAGAAGAAGGUCCUGAGUGAGAUCUCCGGGAGGGCAGAGCGGCUCUUGCUCUCCUUGUCUGAUCUGAUCAAACAACUGGAAAUAAUGAAGGAGGAGCUUUCCAGGAAGAUGGAUCACAUCGAGGAGCUGUGUAACGUGACGGACCCCCUGACUCUUCUACAAGAAUCGGGGGACUUGUGUGGUCCUGAGCAUGGAGAUAAUGGGAGACCUCAACUCCCCCAUGAUGGGGGUGAUCUGGACAUAGCUGGCAUCUCACACACAGUACAAGCCGGGUUAUCUGCUAUGAUGAGAGGGAUAAAUGUCUACCUUAAUAUACGGGAAUUUAAGGACGUAGUACUAGAUAUAUCCAGAGCCCAUAAUAGUCUAAAUAAAAAGCCGAAUAAUCAGAGGAUUGUUCAGGAAAUAAGCAGAAGAGGAUUUUCCUCGGGGCGCUGUUACUGGGAUAUGGAUGUCCAACAACCAGAGUGGUGGAUAGUCGGGGUGUGUUAUCCCAGUAUGGAAAAGGGAGGAGAUCGGGGAGUCAUAGGAUACAAUAACAAGUCUUGGGGUUUGCAUUGGUACAAUACUUGGUGUUACGUGACCCAUGACAAUAAAAAGAUUAAGUUACCUGGCAUUGUCUUGGGUAAGCAAGUCAGAGUCUAUUUGGACUAUGAGGCCGGCCAGAUCUCCUUUUAUGACCUGUGGGACCACACUCUGCACCUCUACACCUUCACCGCCACCUUCACUGAGCCCCUCCAUGGUGCAUUGGCUCUAUGGAAAGGUCCAAAAACCACACCCAGCGUGGGUCUGCAGAAAAACUGAACAGAAACGUGAAUCAGGUUAAUUGUUCAAUCUAUGGAAUUAUCCUUUUAUAAAAUAAGAGUACUAAUUAUACUCACAAACCAACGUGUAAUACUGUACAUGCUCAUCAAUGCAAAUCCAGGAACAGAACAUCAGAAUUCUUGCAUAUCAUCUCAUCAAAAGAUGAAGCUGCACAGAUCUGGAAGGCUGACGUAUUUCGAGAGACAAUUUCCUCUUGGCUCUGAGGAAGAGGGUAUGUCCCUCGAAACACAUCAACCUACCAGAUCUGCUUAUCAUUCCAUUGCAUCAAAAGAUGGAGCUGCAAGAUCAGGAAGGCUGGUGUGUUUUGAGGGACAUACCCUCUUUCUCUUGGCUCUGAGGAAGAGGGUAUGUCCCUUGGAACAUGUUGGCCUUCCAGAUUCGCUUAUCUCAUCACAUCUAAAGAUGGAGCUGCACAGAUCUGAAAUGCUGACGUCUUUCGAGGGCUAUUCCCUCUUCCUCAGCGCCAAGAGCUCACAUUGGCCUUCUAGAUCUGCAAAUCAUCCCAUCAAAAGAUGGAGCUUCUCAAACCUGGAAGGUUGACAUAUUUGGAGGCACGUGCUCUCUUCCUAUUGGCUCUGAGGAAGAGGGUAUGCCCCUUGGAACAUGUUGGCCUUCCAGAUCUGCAUCUUUCGAGGGGUAUUCCUUCUUCUUCGGCGCCAAGAGCCCACAU